UCUCUGAUGACGAGGGCGGGGCAACCUGUCACUCACAUGAGAUCGACCAAUAGCAAACAACAACAAUCCAAUCAAUCCCCUAUGAACAAAAUCAAGUCCCACCCUACAUUUUUUCUUGGUCCAGAUGAAAAAACUUGGAUAUACGUCACAAUAGGCAAGAAAAGACUAUCACAACUUCCGUUUCAUGGCGCCUUUGAUAGACCCCCAAAAGUGUGCCAUGGUUUUGGUGAGGGUUAAUUAAGAAUGAAUGGGGAAUAGUAAUGUCUCCAACCUCUUGCUGUGAUUGGUCAAUUACUAAAUCCCACCUCUCAUUUUUGUGUGUGUGCCCCACAUCCACUAGUAUCUGCCAAACUGGUCAGAAUGAAUAAGAAAUGGUCUUAAUGGGAAGACUAAUAAAAAACUUGACUGGAGGCCAGACCAGAUGGCGUUCAUGUCCAGACUGUCUCGGUCCCGGAGUAAUUCCAGGUCUCCCAGUAGAAAGGACUCUGAGAAGGGCUCUCCUGUACUAACAGUUUCUGAACUGGAGCGUCUGCUCUACACGGGGAAAACCGCCUGUAAUCAUGCAGAUGAAGUGUGGCCAAGACUCUACAUAGGUGACCAAGAAAUUGCCUCAAACCGCAAGGAACUCAUCAAGCUUGGGAUCACACACAUCCUCAACUGUGCUCAGAACAAAUGGAGAGGCGGCGCAGAGCAUUACGCUGGCAUGAACAUCACAUAUCAUGGCAUUGAAGCCCACGAUUCGCCUUCCUUCGACAUGAGUGUGAACUUCUACCCAGCGGCCGAGUUCAUUCACAGAGCCCUUAGUGCCGGAGGAACGGUUCUGGUGCAUUGUGCCGUCGGGGUGAGCCGAUCUGCUACGCUGGUUCUGGCCUACCUCAUGAUUCGGCAGAACAUGACUUUAGUGGAGGCCAUCAAGACCGUGAAGGACCACCGUGGCGUAACGCCGAACCGCGGUUUCCUACGUCAGCUCAGCGGUCUAGACAGCAUUCUGCGUGCCAGCCGCAAUUCAACAUAAUCUCACUGGUAGCUUUUGAACUUCAACCUUUCCGGCCCAGGCCUUGAUCUAAUGCGUUGCAGUAAAUAAGAGCAGAAUGUUUUUACAAACAGUGAGUUUAUUCCAGCUGUUCUCCUGUGGUCAAAAGAAAUGCCUUAUUACAUCAGGAACUCUAGAAAUGUGCGUAAUGCCUUAUACACUGUUAACCGUUCACAUCUGUUCACACGACCACCCACUGAAAUGUUGCCAUGUUACAGAAUUGACCCACGUGUUUUCCUCAAAGAAAUCAGGAAGGCUUAAGAAGCCAUUCACACAUGAUGUGUUUGAUAUGCAGGGCAGUGCUGCGAAUAAAACAAGAAAAGAAGACAAACAAGAUGCAGAGAGUUGAACGUUUGACGCUGCGUUUUUAGAACGGGUCGUCCGCUGCAAAAGACCGGAGCACAACGGGCUAACACAUCCGUCUAGCGCAUGUUUUAUUGAAAAACUGUGGAAAAGCAGCAUAGCCAAAUGCAAAAAUUCAGUGUGAAUGGCCCCUAGGCAAUCGCAUAACUUUUUUUUUUUUUUUGCGGUUAAAAAACAAGAAAAAAUGGCCAUUAAAU